UGUUAUUUUCUUCUUCCCAAACCUAUUACUCCCUUCUCCACACAAUCCACCCCUCUCUACACAUUGAACCAUAGCAUAAAAGCUUCGACCCUUCGCUUGCAGAGGUAAAGAGUUGUUCUUGAGUUGUGAAAAGUUCAUCACUUUCGGGUUUUCAGAUUUUCAUUUUUUUAAUAUAAAAAGUGGGUGUGGAGCUGGAAGGAGAGGACAAGAAGAAGAAAUGGGUGUUCAGCUGCUAGAUAUUGAAGUUCAGGCGAAGAAAGUUUUAAUAUUUUCAAUCAAAACAUGUUAUGAAACAGCAUCCAACCAUCCAUCCCUUGUGGGGUUUCUUUGUUUUCUGGCAUUUCUGCACAGAUCAUUCCCUUUGGUGUUUUCUGUAUUGGUGUCUGUUUCUCCUGUUCUCAUUUGCACUGCCAUCCUCCUUGGAACUUUAUUGAGUUUUGGGCAUCCAAACCAGCCCCAGGUUGAAAGGGAAGGAGAUGAGAAAACAGUUCAUGGUAUAAUCCCUCUGAGAACUGGGGUUUUGCCAAGCACCACUGUCGUUGAGAGGGAGGAGGAGGAGAGGUAUCGUUGCGUUGAUCGACACACAAACACAUCGAAUGGUAAUGAAAAAUUAGAGCGGAGUUUGGGUAAUGUUGGGAAAGAAUCUAGGGGUGUUGAGUUGUUCGAUGGGGGGAUUUUAGAGCGCGGGUACCCUCCAAUUCCUAAUAUGGAUGAUGAGAAUCUUGAUUUUGAUGAUGAAAGACCUGGAGGUUCCUUUGGUUCUUAUAUGGAUUAUCAGAAUCUUGAUUUUGAUAAGAAAUCUGUGGAUUCCUUUGACUCAAAGAUGGUGAACAUUGGCUCUCCUCUUGUAAAUAGGGAGAUUCUAGAACCCCAUCAAUACUCCCGGGUUCCUAAUGUCGACGAUGAUGAAAAUCUUGAGUUCGAUAGUGAUUCCAGACUGGCGAGGGUCGAUUGGAACCAAGAUGGGGAGGAAGAAGAGGAUGUUGGUGACACGGCUUCGGAUUCAGGUUCGGAUGGAGCCGAGAGUUCUUCCCCGGAUGCUUCAAUGGCUGACAUCAUCCCGAUGCUUAGCGAGCUCCAUCCUCUUCUUGAUGAAGAAGAGAGCAACAACAACCCACACCAUGAUAAUGAUUCAGAAUCAGAUGACGGGACUGAAAACCGAGAGGGAGAAGCUGAAGCAAAAGAAAAAAGCAGUGACAAAGAAGAAGAAACAGAAGGUGCUGCUAUUGUUUGGACAGAGGAGGAUGAGAAGAAUCUAAUGGAUCUUGGAAGCUCAGAGAUUGAAAGGAACCAACGGUUGGAAAGUCUCAUUGCCAGGAGAAGAGCUAGGAAGGACAGAAGGACAACAAUCGAAAGGAAUCUGAUUGAUUUCGAAAGUGUACUUGAUCUUUCUUUCAACAUUUCUCCCAUUUCGACAUCAAGAAAAAACCCUUUUGAUGUCCCUGUUGAUGAUCUCUAUGGUAUAGGACUUCCACCUAUUCCAGGAUCUGCCCCGUCCGUUUUGCUUCCCAGAAGCAACCCUUUUGAUAUCCCUUACGACUCGAGCGAAGAGAAACCUGAUCUCAUGGAAGACAGUUUCCAACAAGAAUUCAAGACUUUUCAUGCCAAAGAUCCAUUCUUUCGGCGCCAUGAGAGUUUUAAUGUACGCCCAUCAUCAUUCGGUCCAAGCAAACAAGGGACCGGUUUGGAAGGAGCAAGCUAUUCGCGGUUUCAAAGACAAUCGAGUGAACUCAGUGAUUCAAAAAUUAGUUCAGUCCCUGAAACUGACUCCACCGGUUCGGCUACUGAUCUGGAAGCCAAAAAUUUGGGUGAUGAAAUUGAGAUGUCAUGGAAAAGUGAAGAGCAUUGUUAUGAGCUGGGGCCAAGUCCAGUCCACGAAGAAUGUGUUGCUAAAGAUCUGGAUCCCAGUGCAACCAAAAAUCAUUCAAACCCGGAAUCUUUUGAAAUUUCAUUAGGAGGGGCAGGUGUGGAUGAGAACCAAUACAGGGAGCCUGUUUAUGAUCUAAGCCCUGUCCGAGCGAAAGAAAUUUUUUCAUCCUCCUUUGCUUCUGGUGUGCAAGUGGAGAGAAUUCAGGAAAAGGAGAAGUCUACUCCAAUCACUGAAGAAACCUUAUCUGCCUUGCCCCUAUCACAACCAGUAGUAGUAGAAAAAGAAUUAAUAUCAAAUCUUGAUAUCAAAGGCCAUACAGAAUCGCAGGAGCCGCCGGUUAUCUUGAUGGAGUCGUCUAAGGAGACAGGCGAACCAAAUGUCUCAGGAAUCAAAGAUGUUGACAGCGAGGCUCAACUGAACACAGUCACUCCACAGUCUCCUGCGUUUGCUGCAAUUCUUCUCCGAACAGCUGAUGGUAGACAAUCAGACAUAAUAGAGAGUUCUUUUAAUGAACCACAAGAUGAUGACCUCAUCGAUGCGCCAAUACCCCAUAUGUUUUUAAUGGAAGCAAUUGAUUUCCAUGAAAAAAUGCAACACGUAGUUGAAGAAACAGAUGGCAUCAAGGAAAUUGAUGAAGGGAUAUUAUCCGAAUUAGAUGCGGUUGGUGACUUUAGCGUCAAAGAACCGGUUUUAAGAAGCUUCAAUGAGUUUGAAGGUAUAUCCAUUCUACACAAUAUCGGCCCUUUCACUCCAAGGUUUCAUGAAGAAGAAGAAGAAGAAGAUCAAGAUUCCAUUCGUGAUCAUGAAAAGACAUUUGCAGUUCUUGGAACAUCUCAGUUGAAUCAAAAUUCAAGCACAGAAGAUAUCAAGUCGGGAAUACCUGUAGUGGGAGAAAAAUCACUGAAAGAUUUAGAUAUUCUCUCUGAGCAAUCCAAAUUGAACUCCAUGGAGAACAAGGAGGUGCUCGAAGGGUCUGAAUUGCUUCAAGAUGUCCUUUUGGAAGAGGAUGCAGAUUCUGGGCAGAACAUUCAAGAAGAUGAAAAAUAUGAUCUUCUUGAUCAUCAUUCUCAUGCCGAUUCAGGAACGCCAAUACAUGAAGCACAUAGUAUUGAAGCCAUCGAUUCACAAUUUAAGCAGAUAGACAGCAUAGAACAUGAAAGUCCCAAACUUCUUGAUCCAUCUACACAUGCUAAUGAUGAGAAGGCAGCUGGCAAAUCUGGAAUUUCAGUACAUGAAGCACAAAGUACUCAAGAUAUUGAUUCGUCUUUUAAGCAGACAAACAAGAAAGAAGAUGAAAAAUGUGAUCUUGGUGAUCCAUCUACUCAUGCUAAUAAUGAGAAUGCACCUGUCGAAUCUCAGAGUUCUAAGAAUGCGAUACCACAACAUGAACAUUCGAUGUUACUAGAUAGUCACACCCAUUUCAAAGAAUCCACAAUGAAGGAAGAUGUGGAGGACAAAUCAGAGAACCCAUUGAAGUCAAUUCCUCAAGACGAAUCAAAUAUCCAAGGCGACCCAACUCGUCCAAUGGUAUAUCAAUUGUGAUGUACCUGAAACUCUUGAUUUUGAUGUUGGGUCUAAAGAUUCAAACUUGGUUUUUAGAUUUGUCGAAAAGGGUGAUCAUGAAUAAGGUGGUUAAGGAGAUCUCAGACUCAAAAUGAGGUGGUUCUGAAAAUCAAUCAGAUGUGUUAAUAAAUCUUUAUGGGUAAAAAAGUAUAGUAAGAGUGAAGUGGGGAUUUGAUUUUUUGUGUGUAUACUAAAAAAAGGCAUCCGGAUGCACAAAGCGUCCUGUUGAGCGUGGGAGUUCAGGAAAACUUCAACGUAGACAAACCUUUUUUUGUUGAUAUUUUUGUGUGUUCAGUUUGAGGGUUGUUGGGAGAGUUUGCACUGUUCUGUUUGGUUUUAUAUUUUCCAUCUGUUUUGGUCUCAUUUGUAUGCCGAUUUUUUUAGAGGAAUGUUGUGUUGAGUGGUGGACAUUGGGAUGUGUUAAUUUCAUUUUCCCUUCACAUCUACGUAAUCAAUUUCUUCUUUGAUCAUCUUUCCAGUUUUCAAGGUUGACACAUAAGAUGCUAUAGCACGAUGCUGCAAUACACAGUUCAGGAUCAGAAGUCUGAGCAUGGGAUUUUAAGCUGCAAUCAGAAUCAGAGAUAUAUUGGGAUUGUGAUUACAUGAUAAUAACUCCAGCAGUACGUGUUAAGGAAUCCCAAGUCUUUGGGCUACUUGUGGAUCAAGUUUAAGCAAGUUGUAUUCAAUCCAAAUUCUACUAACCUAUUCCUACUAAGAUUGUGUUAAAAGAAGCCUAUAAAAAUGCAGCAGAUCCCUGGGAAUUACUUGGAGCGAUCGAGAGGGAAAACAAAGAAUAUACGCUGAUGUAGAGCGUUCCCGUCGCGUCCCGGAGCUUCCCUUCCGUGAAGAAAGUUAUGAUCUACAUGAAGAAGAAGUCCUACAACGAAAAAUAGAUCAUGACAACUAGGAGAUGAACCAAAGCUUAAGGAGAGGGCUGCCAACACGUUUGUCCUCGUGAUCUCGGUGGAGAUGUGAUAGCCGAAGCUGAUCUGUACAGGGUAUAAGUUAGAAAUCAUAGAUUAGAGGUUUUGUCAUAACAAUUCAGAGAAAUGUGUCUCAUCAUGUUGUUAUGUACCGG